AUGGAGGAUAAUGUACCGAUGCAAGAUGAUGCAGUAGUUGAAGCGGUAAUUAUUGAGCAGCCAAAUGAGGAUGAUGUGAGAGUCAAAGAUAACGAGUCAAAGGACGUCAAUGUCGAAGAAGCACCAGAAACACCGCUCAAUCCAUUCGAUCAAUUCACAAAGUUUGCUCAUGCCCUCCAAGGGGAUCACGAAAGGAAUGUUGGCGAGAAUGUCAGAUUAGGCGCACAAGUUGAAGAUAAUGACAGACGUAUAAACGGUUUAGUAGAGGAUAAUGACUUCCUAAGGCAACAAUACCAGCAAUCAUCUGAAGCAGCCUUUGCGUUGAGUAAGGAGAAUCAGGAGUUACUAUCAAAGAUAAGUUUGCUGGAGAAUCAACUGAGUGUUGGACUUGCGGCUAGAAAGACAUUCCAGGAUACCACCGUUAACGAAUUAUCAAAGAGAUUAUAUGUAUUACAACAAGAAAGGCAGCUCGAAUUAGACAAUGAACAUCGUUCAACACUCUCAAAUGUCAAAGAGCGUGCAGGAAUGUAUACAGAAUUACAAUCUCAAUAUGAAGAUCUACGCAAGGAAUAUCUUGGGCAUAUAACACAGCAAAAGUCAGAUAUGAACACUAUAGAAACACUGAAACUUCAAAACAAGGAGUUAGAAGAGCGAUUGGGUAUUUGA